AAUUCAUUCAUUUUUGACCAGGUGAAAAGCUGCAAGUGCUGAAAGCAAAACUCCAGGAGGCCAUGAAGCUCCGCAGGACUGAGGAGCGCCAGAAACGGCAAGCGUUGUUCAAACUGGAUAAUGAGGAGCUGCUGGAGGAGGAGGAGGAGGAGGAAGAGAUGACAGAUGAGUCUGAGGAAGAGGAGGAAGGCGAUCAUGAGGCUGUGGAAUAUCUGCUUGAUGAGGCAGAGGAAGACAAUGAAGAUUUGGAAGAGAAACAAGUUGAAGACGGUGAUAAAGAAACUGACAGAGAGUCAAUUGAUGGAGAAAAGGUGGAGCAAUCUGUGGACUGUGCUUCUGUUCCCAAACUGCCUUCAACAGAGUCUACACUGAUGCUCUUCAAGGACAGCUCCUCCAAAAUGGGGUACUCUCUUCCUGAUGAGAAACACGAAAGCGAAGAAGCUGCAGACAAAGAACCUACCAAGUCAGAAGAUGAUGAUUCAUUUUCUCUACCAACACCAGCAAAAGAGAAUAGCCACAACAGCAGCUUUGAGUUGAUUGGCUCCAUGAUUCCAUCAUAUCAGCCCUGUAACAAACAGAUGUCGCGUGGAGGGAACUUUUUACCUGCAGCAGGAGGUUUCAGGUCACCUUCCCCAGGUUUUUUCAAAACAAGUUUUAUCAGCUCUGCUUCCAAGAGCUCGGGAAAGAUGUCUGAGCCCUCUCUUCCCAUAGAAGAUUCCCAGGACCUGUAUAAUGCCUCCCCUGAACCAAAGAGUUUAUUUCCAGGGGCUGGAGAAUCCCAGUUUCAAUUUUCUCUGGAAGAUGACACCCAGAGCCAGCUGCUUGAUGCGGAUGGGUUCUUGAAUGUUGGACAACACAGAAAUAAAUACCAGUCCUCAAAGCACAGGCUGACUCUUGCCAGUAUGGAUGAGAAUGCAAUGGAUGCCAACAUGGAUGAAUUAUUGGACUUGUGUUCUGGACAGUUUAGCAGUCAAGCCGAGCACGUGCCAAGUACCAGCAGCAACAAGAAACAAAACAUGGAAGAACUGCUCAAUCUUUGCUCUGGAAAAUUUGUGACUCAGACAGAUUCUCCAACGUGGGCAUCAUCAGUAUCUUCCAAGGCAGAAAAAGACAGUGACUUAGAGGACCCAAUGGCAGAAGCACUGGCACUUUGUUCAGGCUCCUUCCCCACGGACAGGGAGGAGGAAGAUGAGGAGCACGAGGAGCUUGGUGACUUUCAGCUUGUAACAGAUGACAAUGCUUUUGAUAGUGAAGAGGAUGAAAAGAGUGGAGAUGAUGGUGAAGAAGCAGAAGUAAGUGAUGAAGAAGAACUACUGAGACAUAGAGAGGGCUCGAAGAAAAAACUAAAUCUGGAGGAUUUCAUGGAAGAUGAGGCAGAGCUGUCAGGAAGCGACGUGGGAAGUGAGGAUGAGUAUGAUGGAGAAGACCUGAAUGAAUAUGAAGAAGAGAUUAUUGACGAGGAACUCCCUAACGAAGCGGAAUUAGAAAGUCAAGUUCAAAAACUACACAUGAAGGCAGUGCUUGAUGAUGACAAGCGUCAGUUACGCUUGUACCAAGAGAGGUACCUCAUCGAUGGUGACCUGCACAGCGAUGGCCCUGGCAGAAUGAGGAGGUUCAGAUGGAAAAACAUAGAUGAUGCUUCCCAGAUGGACUUGUUUCAGAGGGAUUCUGAUAACGAAGAUGAAAAUGAACAGUUUGAUGAAACAGAAGUAAAAUGGAGGAAAGAGAGAUUUGAACGAGAGCAGUGGCUUCGUGAGCAGAAGGAAAAAAAUAAAGAGCAGCAGGAGGAGGAGGAGGAGGAGGAGAUCGGUGAAGACAGUCAGUUCAUGAAACUAGCCAAAAAAGUAACUGCAAAGUCCCUACAGAAGAGAGCAAGCCCUGCAGUAGUGGUACAAGAUGCAAAGCUAUUGCCCACGAACCCAUUUGAAGCAUUCAGACCUGCCAGUGACAUCCAGAUUAAAAAUGGGUCUCUCUUGAAUAGACCCAAAGAUAUCCUUCAGAAACUAGCAGCGAUGUCAGAUCUUAACCCAAAUGCACCUCGGAACUCCAGGAAUUUUGUCUUUCACACACUUUCCCCAGACAAGCAUGAAGAGGCAAAGGAGAAAUCAAAACAUCAGGUGAAAAAAAGAGGUCCUUCUGCAGCAAUAACAUCUCUUGCCAAACGACCCAGGGUUGACAGCACAGAGCAAACGAGUCAAAGCCGAAGCAUAUUCCAGUACUUGGAGAGCUGAAUGUUUUUGUGUAGGGCCAGAAGUUACAUCUCGUCUCUCUGUCAGUUGCAGGCUGAUCUGCAGAUCUCAGCCAGCAAUCAUCAGGAAGGUAAACAAACUGCUGUACGUUGUUCUCUCUGCUCCUGCUUUCUUCUUUCCAGUACUUUUCAAGCAAUGGUCAAGUUUGUUCUGGUUUCACUUAGCACUCCAUGGCAGUUGGGAGCACAAAAUCCAUGCUUGGCUUGGAAUGAAUGCAAACUUGGUCUAAGCAUUAAGGAAACUUACACUGCUGUGAGAUUCUGUGAGGAUGGUAGACAAGUUUCAGUGUUACAUUUUCAUCUGGAAUCAUCGUUGGUGUGAUAGGUGUGAUGCAGAAAUGCUGCAGUUAGCUCAAGGCACAGGUGAAGUAUUUCUGCAGUUUUAGGUAAGAAGAAAGCAGUGUUAGUUAUGUUAGGAUGUCUGUUGUUUGCACUUGCAGUACUAAGGAGCCGUGGCUUCCUUCAGUGUCUUAUUUUCUGUUAAGCAUUUAUUAGCUUCAUAACUUCAGAAGCUCUAAUUUACAUUUGUAAUUUAUGUUUAAAAAAAAAAAGGGCCCCAGCCUUUUAUGAGGCAGUGUGAUAGGAAUGUCUGUCACAUUUUCUUUUCCUUUUUAUAUUCAUACACAUGCAUAUGAGUAACAGAUGUGGGAGAGGAAAAGGAGAUGUGCAGGUUGGAGCUUUAAUUUUUAAUUUUUGCUUUUUUUUUGCCCAACUGAAAAGUGGUGUAAAUUAUCCCACCCCCGAUUUUCAUCCACACUGUGCUCUGCCAUCACAAAUAAUCUGGUUCUGAACAGCGAGAAGUGAAGAGCCCUCUCUGGAAGGAGGAUAUUAGAAUAAAGAACCAUUACUCACAGCCAUUCUAAGUAGUGUGAAAGAAACUUGAGGUGGAAUACACAGCAUUUCUGACCUUUCUGAGGAGAUGCUGAGUGUGUUUAAAUUAGAUGCCAUGUUAUGGUAGCACAGUGGCCUGCUCUGUAGAACUAAAGGCAGUGUCACAUCCUGAGGCUGCUCACUGUCAGAGAGUUGUGUACAUUUUGUAACAUCUGAAGCAUAUGCCCAGUGUGUGACGUGUAAAAUAUUUUACUGUAUAUUAUGUUUAUAAAGAACUAUGGUACCAAUUGCAGUGCAAUUUCACAAUAAAACAGGUUUUUAAUGUACAGGAUUUUA